UACUCAUGCCAGUAUCGAUUUAGCACAUACUCAGAGUUCCAAACAGCUAGCCGAAAGAUGCUAGAAUCUCUCCUUCUCGCAAGAUUUAGUCGAUAAUAAACUCUCACUCAGAUGAUUUUUCACGCAAAUAUAUCAGUCCUGUUCUCAGUAAACCGUUGGAAUUGACUGCGUGCCUUCAAAACGCCUUGUUGUGGAGAAACUGGAGCGGUUUAAAAUAGCGAAAUUUACCGGCUGUGCCAGAAACUAGCUGACUGGUAGCAGUUAGCUUCGAGAGUACAGCAAGUAAGGCGGCUGGCUAGGCAACCAUUACUGUCGAAGCGGCUUCAGACCGCCGUCUGUGAGCUACCUGUGUCAGUCUGCUGCCAUAAUAGGAGGUUAGGUGUGACCAGUGGCCUAUGAGGAAGCCACGUCGAAAAGGCCAGGCGGCCGCAAGAGAUGGAUCUAAUGUUAGGAAGUCCAAUGGGACAGUUGGUGGUCGUGGGGGAGCCCGCCAGCGAUCCCCAUCCCCUUACAGCCUCAAAGCAUCUCCAAGUAGAGAAACCCUGUCCUACUCACAGACGCAGAAGGUGGUGGAGGUGGAACUGGAUGGUAGGCUUCAUCGAAUUUCUAUUCUGGAACCCUUGGAGAUCAUAACUGAAGAUGAGAUGAUGGCUCAGGACAUUAUUGAGUGUAACAGCAACAAGGAGAACAGUGAGCAGUCAUCACCUCCCACCAGCAGUGCCCAAACAGCCCGUAAACCCACCACACCCAGGGGCCGCAGGAAAGACUCUAAAUGUCCUUCUGUCAAGUCGCCACCACCUUCUAAGAACCACUGCCCCAACUCUCAUCCACCGUCCCCUGAGAAGUGUAGCGAAUCACAGCAUCAGCACAUGACCCUGCCUGAACCUAAGUAUCAUGUGAUAGAGACCUUCAGGGCAGUCGACGCGCCGCCUCUGCCCGCGGCAUAUUAUCGUUACAUUGAGCGGUUAGCUGAGGAGCUGGAAGCUGAGGCAGAAUAUGACAUGGACGAAGAAGACGCCGCCUGGCUGGAGAUGGUCAAUGCUGGUCGGAAGUCAGAGGGCUACUCAGCUGUCACGCCAGACAACUUUGAGCUGCUGGUAGACCGGCUGGAGGAGGAGGCGUACCGGGAAGCCCGCAGCCGGGCGCCCUCUCAGAGUGCUAUUGACGACGAUGCCUUCUGCUGCGUGUGCCUGGAUGAUGAGUGCCUCAACAGCAACGUCAUCCUCUUCUGCGACUCUUGCAACCUGGCCGUCCACCAGGAGUGUUACGGUGUGCCAUACAUCCCCGAGGGCCAGUGGCUGUGCCGCUGCUGCCUACAGUCCCCUCAGAAACCCGUUGAUUGUGUUUUGUGUCCGAACCGUGGAGGUGCUUUCAAACAAACGAGUGACGGCCGCUGGGCGCAUGUCGUCUGUGCCAUCUGGAUCCCUGAAGUCUGCUUUGCCAACACAGUGUUUCUGGAACCAGUGGAAGGGGUCAGUAACAUCCCCCCAGCACGCUGGAAACUGACUUGCUACCUGUGCAAGCAGAAAGGCCGUGGUGCAUCAAUUCAAUGCCACAAGGCUAACUGUUACACUGCGUUUCACGUCACGUGUGCUCAGCGUGCUGGCCUGUUUAUGAAGAUUGACCCUGUGCGAGAGACAAAUGUGAAUGGGACAACAUUCUCUGUGAAAAAGACUGCAUUCUGUGAGGCCCAUUCACCACCAGGACAAGAGCCCGUCUCAGACGAGGAGGGAGAAGGGAGAGUGGUGGGCAGCAGAGGCAGGGCUAGCAGAGGAAGAAGUGCCUACACAGAGGGCCCCGCCACGCCAAAAAAAGGCAGGAAGGGGGAAGAUGAUGCCAAGCUGGAUAAAAAGAAAGGGAAGAAGGGCUUGUCGACGGAACAACUCACUGCUUCACCACAAGCACUGGUGCCUCAGAUACCCACAAGCAGGCUGAAUAUCAUCUGUAAAGGAAUCCUCUUCCAAAGAAAAAAACAGUUCAUGCAUCGGGUGCAUAGCUACUGGCUGCUGAAGCGUCAGUCGAGGAACGGGGUGCCACUGGUCCGGCGUCUGCACUCUAGCAUCCAAUCGCAAAGGACGGUUGAACAGGUGUUGCCUCAGGUGGAUGAGAAGGUUUCUGCUGCAAGGGAAGCACUGAGAUAUUGGCAGAAGCUUCGGCAUGACCUCGAGAAAGCCCGGCUGUUAGUGGAGCUCAUCCGCAAGAGGGAGAAACUCAAACGAGAACAGGUCAAAGUCCACCAGGAAGCUCUGGAGAUGCAGUUGACCCCAAUGUUGGUGCUGCUCCGCUCCACUCUAGACCAGCUACAGGAGAAGGACACAGCCCAGAUCUUUGCAGAACCUGUUGACAUCAAGGAGGUCCCUGACUACCUGGAGUUCAUCAGCCAGCCAAUGGACUUUUCCACUAUGCGCUCUAAGCUGGAGAGUCACGCCUACCGCUCAGUGGCUGACCUGGAGUCAGACUUCCACCUGAUGGUGUCCAACUGCCUCCUCUACAACAGCAAGGACACAGUCUUCCACCGGGUAGCGCUGCGUCUUAGAGACUUGGGGGGUGCCGUGCUGCGCCACGCACAACGCCAAGCCACACACACCGGCCUGGACCUGAGCACCGGCAUGCAUCUCUCAGAGUCGCCGCAGAAACGAGACUUUCGCAGCUGCACCUGGGACGAUGUCGACAGCGUGCUGAAUCCAGACAACCGGCUCCAUAUGACUGUGGAUGAACAGCUGAAGGAGCUGCUGGAAAAGAUGGACUUUGUCUCCUCCAUGCGAUGCAGUGGCGCCCGAACACGACGCAUCCGCCUGCUCCGUCGCGAGAUCAACAACAUCCGCUACAGGCAGGGCCAGCACCCCCGCCACAGCCGUCACAACGGACAUCUGAAGGAGGAAGACGACGAUGACAACAAUGAUGAUGAUGAUGAUGAUGAGGAAGAUGAGGACAAAGAUGACCUCAAAUCCACAUCUCCCCCGACACUGGAACCCACUGGGCCGGCGCCUCCUCCGCGACGCGGGGAUGCACCUCUGGAACCUCCUACCCUGCGGCCAAUCACAGGGGAGCCCCAGUCCUCCAGCUGGCCCUGCAAACGCCUGAAGAUGGACGGUGACCUCUCGGAUCUCCCCCCGGAGAACACAAAUUGCACUAAAACACAGGAACAGCAAGUCCUGCUCCCCCCUAUUUUGCACAGCGAAGGACAGGCGGGGGCCAACUGGGUACAAGAGCUCGUCGCUCUCCCACAGCCCAUCAACGGAGGAGUUGGACGAAGAACCUCUGUGUUAUUCAGAAAGGCCAAAAAUGGAGCUAAGCUGUUCAGAGAGAGAGACGCUUUGCUGAACGGAAAGGUGCAGCAGGACAACAACCCGGGCAACGGCCCAACAGCACCCAACUCCACGGCCAGUACCCCAUCAUCAACACCUUUGUCCACGCCAUCUAAGACUCCGCAGAAAAGCCCCGGACCCCCCACCCUCAAUGAACAAUGGACCCCCAGUCGGCACAUGUGCUCGGAUAGUGAGCUGGAGAAGACGCCAAAUCAUUUAAGUGGACUCACCAACGGAUUCAACAAGCCAGCAGACGACGGGUCCGACUCUGAGUACAGCCAAUGUCCAGUCCUGCACAGAGAAACCUGCUCACCAACCAAACGAAGCCUCGGGAAACCGGCUCUUUCCAAAAUUCCCCUACUGGAGAUAGUGAAUGGAGACUCUGAUUAUACUGGCAAUGGUGUACUGUCUGAGGAUGGGACAGAGCUGGAGUCCCUGGAUCUGGUCUGGGCCAAAUGUCGGGGAUAUCCCUCCUAUCCUGCUCUGAUCAUCGACCCGGAGAUGCCCGAGGAGGGCAUGCUGCACAACGGGGUGCCCAUCCCUGUCCCCCCCAAAGAGGUCCUCUGUCUGGGGGAGCAGAGGCAGGAGGAGACCAAUGAGCGGCUCUACCUGGUGCUCUUCUUUGACAACAAGCGGACGUGGCAGUGGCUCCCACGAGACAAAGUGACGCCCUUGGGAGUAGACGACACAGCGGACAAGCUGCGCAUUAUGGAGGGCCGCAAGUCCAGCAUCCGCAAGUCUGUCCAGGUGGCGUACGACCGCGCCAUGAUCCACCAGAGCCGAGUCAGCCACAGCCACGGCUUUGUGGCCUCAAACUACCUGUAGGGGGCGGCAGGGAGCCCCGUGCACGCCCAGUCGGCCUCUAUGCAUUUCCGUUUGUUCUCAGAGCAGCAGGGGGUCCUGCCCCGAGUUGAAUUUGUAUUCACGCCGUGAUCUGAAUGAGGUCUUUGCACCGCAAAGAGUCCUGGAACCACUAGUGUCCCACCCACACGCUGUUUGCAUGUUGGUGGAGUUGAGGGCCGCGUUGCUGCGGUUGCUAAGCGUAGGGCUGCAUAGAGGUGUCAGCUUACUCCACCCGGAUGUCUCUGAAUCAAAUGUUAAAAAAGGUCUUCAUCCUAUCGUGCUACUGCCAAGGAAUCGAAUUGUCAGAAGAGACAUAUAUAUAUGAAACGCAGAAGACGUAUGAAUGGAUCACUGCCGUUUUUUAUACAAUAGCUUUUUACAUUUUAAUCUUUUACAGAGACACUUGUAUAUUUUAAAGGCACAUUGUGUAUAUAUAUGUAUGUUAUCAAACAUUGAUUUAAUUUAAUGUUGCCGUUUUUAAAAUGCGUAUUUCAAUCAACCCACAAAGGGCAAAGUGAGCUGUGUAUACUUGUGGAGAUGUACUUUAACUUGUGAUGUCAUUUAAUUGUGCGGUUUGUUUGUGAGUGUGUGCACUCACAGCGUACAACACAAUGAGCCAAUUGUUCUUUAUAUUGAAUUCUCUUUUUGAUACAGAGAAAUAAUUUAUUUAUGGGAUACAGAACUAUGGAGUUUUAUUGAUUCAAGUUGAGAAUUAAAUCUUAUUUAAUACAGAUUGAGGUUUGAUAAAAACAUGCUGCCAACGUUUUUAACAGGAGUUCACAUUUGGUUUGGUGGUGAUUUUACUCGACACCAGCUGCCGCCGUUCACUGUUAAGCCCCCAGAAUAUCCUAUUUAUUAAGAGACUCAUUUUAUCAAAUGGAAAAUACACCUUUUAUAAGCUUGUAGUACCUGCAUAUUAUACCCACUCACCAAAUAUUUUUGUCAAAACAAGUAUUUCUACAUUUUGGAAAAUAAAUGCUCUAUUAAAAACCAUUUGUGAUACUUAACAGCAGUUUUGUUUUUUUUCGUAC